UCAUCUCAAAUUCUAUAUUAGUAAAAAUCAAUUUUACAUUAAAGAAAGAUUCGGAACUAAAUUUGAGGCAGAUCCAGAUAGAGGAGCUUGAUCUGCAGCUUCAAUCGCUCUCUCUCUCCACCAAACAAGCUAGCAAGAAUGCAAGAUAAUAGAACUUUUGAGUGUAUGACAAACAGAGAAGAAGAAACUUCUAGAUCCGUCACUGUCCAAUCACGGCGGCGCAAGCUGCACAGAGUGCCAAUACAGUUGCGACAAGGCAAAAAGCAAAUCUAUGAGCCGGUAGUGGUGCCCCUCGGCCCCUACCACCAUCGCCUGCAUCCACAGUCGCAUCUAGUGGAGCCACUCAAGAACAAGCUAAAGGAUAUAGUUUGCGGGGACUUCACCAGCAAAAGCCUCUUUCUGUGUAGCAUAUGUGCGCGGCUAGAUGAAAUCCGCUAUUUCUAUGGCGGAGCAGAUGGCUACACGGACGGGGAAUUGGCUGAAAUGAUGCUUCGCGACGCCUGCUUCCUCAUAUGCUAUAUCGAACGUGGUGAAACUUUUAACCUAAUUUUCCAACGCCUGGGAGUGUCCGGGGUAUUGUUCAUGGCACGCGAUAUGUUUAUGCUGGAGAAUCAGAUUCCGUUAUGGCUCAUCUCCUUAAUUCACCCGGAUCACAAUUCAUUGUUGUGUCAAUACUUGAGCUACAAUAAUUUUGGGGAUAAUAGGUUGACACAACUUCCAUGGGCAAAUGGGAGAGGGGAAGAGCCUCUUCACUUACUCGAAGCUCUGUGCACUAGCUUAUUCCUCGAUGAGACACAAGAAUAUUCGAGUAAUCUUUUGCGGCUUGUCAAAAAAUGUAAUAAUCUUUACACAGGGAAGCAAGGCUCAAGAACAAACUGGCAAAUGAUGAACACUCCCUUUUGGUCCGCGACUGAUCUGAAAGCAAAGGGCGUUCAUUUCAGGCGGAGUUCGUAUUGUCUGACGGAUAUCAAGUUCGAAUCCUUUGCAUGGUAUGCUGAACUCCACCUUCCUUUCUUCUACAUCACCUACAAUAGCAAAGUAUUCUUCUCUAAUGCUAUUGCAUUCGAGAUGUCGCCUGAGACAGAUACAAACAUGGGCGUCACGGCUUACUUUAAUUUCAUGAAAAUUAUGAUCAGCAACGCUAAAGAUGUAAAGGUGCUGCGGGAGAAAGACAUAUUGUACAGCAUGUUGGCGAACGAUGAAGAGGUGGUUGAAAUGGUUAAGAGCAUCGAUACUUAUGGAUUUGCGAGCAAUUUCUUUUUUAGUGAUGUGAAUAUGAGGAUUGAGAAGCACUGCACUAGCAAAGCAAGGACAUGGAUGGCCGAACUAAUCAACACCAACUUUCGGAGCCCAUGGUCUGUUAUAGCUCUCGCGGCCGCCACUUUUCUGCUAUGCCUCACUUUUAUACAAACCUACUUCACAAUCAAUCCCACCAAUUAAACACUAUUGCCACUUGAUUCCAUCUUCUAUUGCAGGAGUAUGUACGUUUGUAAUGUUAUUUCCAUUGGGAGCCAAACUUAGUUUGUUUGUCUACACCUCAUGAAUUUCAUGUUUUAUUUUUAAGUUUGGAAUAUAUUGUUUGUAUUUAUAUAA